AUGGAGAGUGGAAGUGUACUUCAGCUAUUGGAAGGAAAUAUGAUCAAAGAUGGGCAACCAUUUGCCUUUACAGACGAGGAAUGUAUAGGGAUAUAUUUCUCUGCACACUGGUGUCCGCCAUGUCGACAAUUCACCCCAAAACUGAAGACAUUUUACAAUGGGGUAAGGAGUCAAGGUCACAAAUUUGAGGUCGUUUUUGUGAGCGCUGACCUUGACGAGGAAUCGUUUGACGAAAAUCUACAAGAGAUGCCAUGGGCAGCGCUGAGAUACGAUCAUUCUGAGAUAAAGGAUUCGAUGUCCGAAAAGUUCGGGUUGAUUGGCAUUCCCAACCUUAUCAUCGUGGAUCGGCAGGGGAACGUCAUAACAAAGAAAGGGCGGGUGGCUGUUCAGAAAAAUACCGUGGAUGCGAAACUUUUCAAAUGGACCUGA